CCCGGACCAGAAAACAGAUAGUUGCGUUUCCGCUCCUUGCGCUCUUCCGGGUCUGUCGAUAAAAGCCAUGGGCACAGGCGGAACUGUAUACUAUUUGCACCACUCCUUCUCGUUCCAUUUCGCUGGAAAACACUAUGCACGCACGCUCGUUCACCAGCUACCUCAUCUUCGUCGCGCCUGCAAUCCUUCAAACCUUCGCCGCACCCCUCCCCGCCCCGCUCAGCGUCGACGGCAUCAUCCCUUCGGACCUCCUCGAUCCGGCCGACAGCGUCCUCGGUCCAAUCGAAAACGUCGCAAACCCGAUCGCGUCGCCGAUCCUAGGUGGCCCAAUCGACAGUGCCCUUGGGCCAGUGGAAAGCGCGCUCGCGCCCGUGUCGGGCCUGCUUGGGCCUCUCGCGCCGGUCACCAGCUUGCUGGGUCCCGUGCAAAGCGCCCUCGGUGGCCCCGUCGAGAGUGCGCUCGGUGGGCCCGUCGAGAGUGCGCUCGCGCCGAUCCAAAGCGCACUUGCACCCAUCGAGAGUGCGCUCGAUCCCAUCGAAAGCGCCCUCGAGCCCGUGCAUAGCGCCCUCGAGCCCGUGCAUAGCGCUCUCGCACCCAUCGAAAGCGCCCUCGCGCCCGUACAAAGCGCCCUCGCGUCAGUCGUGAGCGCCGCAGGAGGGGCCCUCCCGACCGCCGCGCUCGCGUCGUUCGCGAAUCCGGAUGGUCUUCUUCUUCCAGGCAUACUGCCGUCGGGUAUGCUGCCGUCGGGUGUGCUGCCUUCGGGUAUCUUACCCUCGGGUGUGGUGCCAUCGGGCAUCCUACCCUCGGGCCUCAUCCCGCGCGACGAUGCAGUCCUUCCGCGCGACGAUGCCGUCCUCACUCGCGUAGACAUCGCACCGACCUUCACCAUCUUCGUCACAGAGACCGCGACGGCGACAGAGACCUCGGGGUGCGUCUCUGGUCAAAUAUCUUUUUGAGGAGAUAGUAUGCUCACCUUCGCCAGUAGCGCCAGUGUCAGCGCAAGCGCGAGUGCACUUAGAGUAACGGGCGCGAGUGCACCGGGCGUAACGAGCACGAGUGCACCGGGAGUCACAAGCGCGAGUGCACUGGGAGUCACAAGCGCGAGUGCACCGGGAGUCACAAGCGCUACCGAAUCAGCGACCGGCUCAAGUUCGACGAUCAGUCGCAUGCCCUUUGAGCCGCCGAGUGGCUGGUGAGAAGUCCAAAGGGUGUGAGCAGGGAAGCAAGAGAGGGAAGCAGGAGCAGCGGGAGAGCACCUGAGUAGGGGGUUGGUCGAGGACGCCUGAAGGGCUGGCCGAGGACGCCUGAAGGAUAGGCCGAGGACGCCUGAAGGGUUGGC